AUGGUUUACAUGCGAUCUUGGGCAACUCUAUCCAUACUAUCAUUCACCACCGCUUCUCCAAAGACCCAAAGUGCACUACCGCAUCAAGCAAUCGAAGUACAGAGUUUCAGUCAAAUUACUCCAUCGUCUGAUCUCCAAUGGAUACCGUGCUACAAUGGCUUUGACUGCGCCAAUCUGAUAGUACCGCUCGAUUACGAAGAUAGUAGUGUUGGCACCACGACCGUCGCAUUCAUUCGCAAGCUUGCCCCGGGGAACGUUACUCAGGAUCUUCUCUUCAACCCUGGUGGACCCGGUGGCUCAGGCGUAGGCAGUUUGCUUUCCGGAAUCGGCGACCUCAUCUUGAAUCUGAGUGGCGAACAAUACAACAUCAUCAGCUUCGACCCAAGGGGCGUAAACAACAGCGGCAUCGAACUGACAUGCUUCCCCGGCCAACCAAACAUCCGAGAUACCUAUUGGAGUACUUUCGAAGAGCUAUCCCAAGCCUCCAAUCUCGACGAAACGUACGCUCGCGGCCUCGCAAUAGGCCAAUGGUGCACAAAGGCCAACGGAAACACAACCGCAAAAUACGCCGGUACCCUCGCCGCAGUACAAGACAUGCUCCACUUCACCACCCACCAAUCCCGCCUCCGCAAUCUCGAGAACCCAGAUGAAUCCCCUGUCAAUUUCUACGGCCUCAGCUACGGCACCAUCAUCGGACAAGCCCUCGCAUCCAAGUAUCCCACCCGCGUCGGCCGCAUGGUGCUAGACGGCACCGUCAACGCCGAAGACCACCUCAACGGCGCUAAGCUAACAGCCGUACAAGACGUCGAUGCAGCGUAUAGCCUGUUCUUUUCCCUCUGCCACGCCGCCGGUCCUGGAACUUGCGCUUUUUACGCAGAGGACGUGAAAAACCGCUUCGAUACCUUCUUAUCCAACCUCGAGCGUGAACCAGUCAUCCAAUUGACCUCGACUCCAGUGCCCAAAGUCAUAACCAAAGACGCCGUCCUCGCCGCAGCGUUUCACACCCUAUACGCCGGCGCAAUUGGCUUCCCGUUCCUCGCGCGCGGUCUUGCUGCGUUGGAACGGGGGGAUGCAGCAGUUUGGCUGGAGGAAAUCGCGCGGUUCCAACGGCCUAGUGGUGCGGCGCAGGAGGUUUAUAUGUUGGUUACUGGUGCUGAUUAUGCGGGGCGGAGUCAGAUACCGAACCGUAGUGUUUUCCGGGAGAGAUACGAGGAAGUGGCGAGAACGAGUGUGUAUGCGGGACGUGUGUAUGCGCUUGAGAAUUUGGUGUUGGGGGUUGGGGUUGGGAUUGUGCCGCCCGAGAGUCAGGUAAUUGAAGGGUUCAAGUAUACGGAAACUAAGACGCCGGUUUUGUUUGUGAAUCCGUCGGUGGAUCCUAUUACACCUGUUGCGAAUGCGAGGUAUAUGGCGGGAUUCUUUGAGGGAGCGGUGGUGUUGGAGCAGAAUUCUACGGGGCAUACGGUGUUGCCUUUUCUGGGGGAGUGCGUGGCCGAGGUGGUCAAGAGGUACUUUGGGGGUGGGGAAUUGCCGGAUGGGGGAAAGUUGUGUCGGGUUGAUGUGAGGGUUGAUUGGGAGGCAGGGGGAGUCGGUAUGGAUUGA